UUUGCAAUGCUCAACAGAAAAUACGAUUUGAGCGCAAGCUGAUUCCAGAGGUCAUUUGGGAUACGCCUAGACAGACCUCGGGAAUCAGGUAAUUACAGGUGGAAUAUGCAAAAAUCGCUCUGCCAUUUAAUUGAAUGAUGUUCUUAUAAUUCGCCUAAUUUUACCAAAAAUGUUGUAUAUUCAGCUGUUUGAAGCCGAAAGUAAAAGAAGCAAAAAGGAAAUGUAAGUAAGGGAAGUAUAGGAAUAGCACCCAUAGAACAUAUCUACUGCUUCUUAGACUUCCUUUCAUUGAGAAUUACAGUUCUAUAACUAAUAUUUCUAUGUGGAUUUUGUCCGGGUAAACUAAAAAAGUUACAUAUUGCAGUUUUAAACGUGGUAUUUUACAUAUUCCUCACUGUUUGUUUGAUGUACACAUGAUGUGAGUAUAUAAACAUUCAGCCCUAGUACCUUUACUCCGAGGGACCUGGUCAUUUACAGAGGUAGACUUCUCUGUUAGCCAAAACAGCCAAAAACUCCAUGUAAACAUGAAUUGAUUCUCAAUUGCAAUUAGGUUCUACAAACAUCAAGCCCUUUUUCUUUCAUAUCAAAUUAAAAGAAUUCAUGAAUUUAAAAAAUGCAAAAUAUACACUCACUGUAUUCUGUUUUAAUGGCUUUAUCACAGUUGCAGGCAACAUUAUUUUUCAGUGACAACACGUUUCUGGCGGCCUUCUUCAAUUAUGAGCAUGCUACAAAAAUAUAACGCAACAUGUAAAGUGCUGGUCCCAUGUUUCAUAAGCUGAAAUAAAAGAUCCCAUACAUUUUCCAUAUGCACAAAAAGCUUAUUUCCGGUCCGGACCAAAAAUCAAUGUCCGUGGAUGUGGAAAUCAAGGCCGUUCUGGACUCCACCAAAACAAAGAUGUCCAAAAGGCGUCAGCGUCGGUCCAUGCUUACUGAGAUGCCUAGAGUGUUGCCUGAAAUUGAAUUGUAUGAUCGCCCAUCUAUAUGGCUACAUAAAAGGCCACAUACUAUUUCUGCCAGAUCCUAUGUGCUACAGGAUUUAUGUUAUGUACAUUUUUUGGACAAAACGUUGGUGGAGUUGCAGCGAUGAGUCUCUCCAACAUCACCCUAGAGAGGAGCACUGGGAAUGGACAAGCAAAAUAUUAUCCAUUCCUGCUUUUGACAAAGUGGGCCCUGCAUAUCACAGGGCGGUAUCAGCUCUCACCUAAAAAGCCCAUAUGCCACUGUGUUGCAGGAGGUUCGCGCCAGCAUGUCUGUGUCUGUGAUCAUUAAAUGGGGUGGACAGGAGUACUCCAUCAGGACACUCUCCGAAGAGGACACUGUGCUGGACCUCAAGCAGUCCAUCAAGUCCCUGACAGGGGUUCUCCCAGAGAGGCAGAAACUCCUAGGAUUAAAGGUCAAAGGCAAACCAGCAGAGGACCAAGUGAAGCUUGGUUCACUGAAGCUGAAACCCAAUACCAAGAUCAUGAUGAUGGGCAGCAGGGAGGAGAGUCUGGAAGAUGUUUUAGCACCUCCCCCGGAGAAUGAUGACGUUGUCAAUGACUUUGACAUUGAAGAAGAGGUGAUUGAAGUACAGAACAGAGAGGAGAACUUGGCCAAGAUAGCCCGCCGUGUGAAAGACUACAAAGUGGAGGGGAUGAACCCACCCAGGGUAGGAAAGAGUCUGUUGGUACUAGAUGUGGACUACACGUUGUUUGAUCACAAGUCAUGUGCCGAGACGGGACAGGAGCUCAUGAGGCCUUUUCUCCAUGAGUUCCUGACCUCGGCGUAUGAGGACUAUGACAUCGUCAUCUGGUCUGCCACGAGUAUGAAGUGGAUUGAUGCUAAAAUGAAAGAGCUGGGAGUGACAGACAACCCUAACUACAAGAUCACCUUCAUGCUGGACAGUGCAGCCAUGAUCACCGUGCACACGCCUAAGAGGGGUGUAGUGGAGGUGAAGCCUCUCGGGGUGAUAUGGGGAAAGUACAGUGAGUUCUACAACAAGAGGAACACCAUCAUGUUUGACGACAUUGGCAGAAAUUUCCUAAUGAACCCACAGAACGGACUGAAGAUCCGUCCAUUCAUGAAAGCGCACUUAAACCGUGAGAAAGACAAAGAGCUCUUCAAACUCUCCCAGUAUCUUAAAGAGAUUGCCAAACUGGAGGACUUCUCAGGUCUCAACCAUAAGCACUGGGAGAGGUAUCGUGCAAAGAAACAAAGCCAGUGAGAGCAAUGUUGUGGAUGUGUGAAGGGAUGGUCAUUCCUCAACCAGGAACAGUGCUGGACACUCAAGCCCUCACAAAACUACUACUGCCUGUUUCUGACUGGGAGCUGUUUCCUAUUGUUUGGCUUUUUUAAAAACUUCUGUUCUUCCCUCAUCUAUGUCUUUCUCUGUUGACUUCAGUCUGGGAGACAGUAAAUACUAUACACCCAUCAGUACUCAGUUUACAUGCAAUGGUUUUUGUUAGGUUUCACCCAAUCGUUCUUUCAGAUUAGUGACUGUCAUCUGUAGCUAUGACACUUAACCUCAGAGUUAUACGAACAUGAGUUUGUUCUGUACUGAUAGUGUUCUUUAUUCUCUUUCUCUCCUCUCCCCCUGGCUCUCUCCUCUUCCCCCUGCGGCUCUCUCCUCUUUCCCCCCUGCGGCUCUCUCCUCUUUCCCCCCUGCGGCUCUCUCCUCUUUCCCCCUGCGGCUCUCUCCUCUUUUCCCCCUGCGGCUCUCUCCUCUUUCCCCCCUGCGGCUCUCUUCUGGCUCUCUCCUCUUUCCCCCCUGCGGCUCUCUCCUCUAUGACACCACCAUACCAAGUAGAUGUAGUGAAGCUGGCACAGUCACUGAGUGAAGCUGGCACAGUCACUGAGUUACUGAGUGCACGGUUUGACACUGAGGUGUAUUAGGCCUUUAUUAGGAGUGUGACGUCCAUAUGCUGCUGGUCACAGAGGUCAUUUCAGAAGGAGACAGGUGAUGACAUCCAUCAGGCAGUCUUUAGUUUUUCCUCAUUGUCUGUUGACCUCAGCUAUGCCUGGAAACCAAAUAUAUCUCUGCACCUGGUUACACUGUAUGUUUUUAUAUUACUCAUUUGACACAACUCCGAUUUGAACUGAACAUUUAUUUCAUAUUCUCAGGCAAUUGUUAGGUCCACUGAACCAAACAAUAGUUGUUGUAGUGAAGUGACUGAAAAUAAAUGGGGGAAAGGCACUUCGUUUUUUGUGUGUGGGGGGGCAAUUAAAGGCAUUGUUUGGCAGACUCAGCCUAAGCGCUAGACACUAAAGUCAGAUCAGAGUUCUCCGGUUUUAUGAGGUUUAUUUGUAAAUAGAAUUGUAUAUUUUCAGUUGGAAGAAGGGAUAUGGUUCAGAGCAUCGAGUCAGACAGCUUUUUAUCCCUUACUAGUUUUCUCUUUAAAAGGAACAGCAAUUCAGUAUUUGCUUCCAUUUUGCUUUAUCCAUUGGCAGUAACACUAGAGCGUUCAUUCUCUCACGUCAUCUUGCAAAGUUAUGCAAUAAGCUGAAGAUCAACUGCUAUCAGAGGAAAUUAAAUACAUGUCGGGGUUUACAUAUUAUUUAAACUAUCUGUUUUGGAUUGUCAAAUAUUUAUUUUAUACAGACUUCCUUAUAACUUUUGUUUUCUUGGAAACAAUGUUUUGUUACCUUCUUCUCGGGUAUCAAAGGUGAAUGUAUAUAUAUAUAUAUAUAUAUAUAUAUAUAUAUAUGCUUUCAGUUGUUAAAUGAAGGUACUAUCAUUUAUUUAACUAGACAUGUCAGUUAAGAACAAAUUGUUAUUUACAAUGACAUUUAACAAGCUGUGUGUAUCUAGCCUUGCAUCCCAGACACACGUGGAUGACUGACAAUAGUAAAUCAUGUCUGUUGUUUUAAGCAGCAGCACUUAGAACAUGUUUUUAAUUGUUGAAUGUUAAAACGUACAACCCACCUGCAGUGAAGCCGCUCAACAUUUACAUUACAUUGUCAUCUAACAGACUCAACCUAUUAUUGCUUUAGUUGUCAGUUUUGUCAUAUCGUUACCUCUGUUUUCUUCACAAUAACUUGGCUUCCUCAUCUUUUACACAACAGGACACAACUAAUGUGGUGAUUUAUGUCAGACUACAUGAACAUGUUUUAACAAGUGGAUACUGCUGUGAACAUAUCCCAACUGUAAAUUAAAUAUUUUCUACAAAAGCUC